CACGAGUGGCAAACAUUACUCAACAUGUGCUUUUCUUUGCAAAAAACUAAAUUUGAAAUUGAAGUAACGUAGACUCAAGUUUGAUUAAACGGAAGAAAGUUGAAUGAAAUAUUAAUCAAGAUGUUGUUUUACCUCUUAAAGUUAGCUUAUAUACAAAGUUUAAUGCAAAAUACAAUACGGCGUACAUGUAUUCAGGGUUGUUUAUAAAAUGAACAGUGUACUUACUUGAAAGAUACACGUCGUUAGAUAUUUUAAAAUGGCUCGACGAUUGAGUGGCAAAGCAAAGCUGAAGUCACUGUUGACAGUGACUAGUACGGCCGUAACUUUAUUUAGUGGCAUUUGCAUUUAUCAAGGCAAUGAGAAGUUUUACAACAGAUUUGCAGUGCCUCUGAUCCAGUUGGUGGAUCCAGAAUUCGCUCAUGUAGCUGCUGUUAAGAUUUUACAGUGGGGUCUUUUAGGAAAACAAAAUGCAGAGGAUCCAUCCUCUCUUGGAAUCAAUGUUUUGGGGCUACAGUUUAAAAACCCAUUAGGAAUGGCUGCUGGAUUUGAUAAGCAAGGAGAGGCGGUGGAAGGCUUGCACAGAAUAGGUUUUAGUUUUGUAGAGAUAGGAUCCAUUACACCAAAGCCUCAACCUGGUAAUCCCAAACCAAGGGUGUUCAGAUUAGUAGAAGACAGUGCUGUUGUCAAUAGGUAUGGUUUCAACAGUGAAGGUCACGACAUUGUGUGGCACCGUUUAAGAAAGCUAAAAGAUAACAAAAACUUUCAUGGUAUCAUCGGGGUGAACUUGGGUAAAAACAAGACGUCAGAGGAUGCAGCUCAGGACUAUGUAGAAGGCAUUAAAAAGUUCUCGGACGUGGCUGAUUACUUUGUGAUUAAUGUGUCUAGUCCGAACACUCCUGGAUUGAGGUCCUUACAGAAUAAAAAGGAUUUGGAACAAUUGCUAAUGAAGAUAAACGAAGUCAGACAAUCGAUAGAAAGCAGGCAACCGCUCCUCUUGAAACUUGCCCCGGAUCUGUCCGAUUCGGAGAAGCAGGAUGUUGCAGACGUGAUACUAAAGAAGAAAACCAAAGUAGACGGUUUAAUAUUGUGCAAUACCACGAUUACUCGGAAUAAUUUAACGAGCUCGCUUAAAGAGGAGACCGGUGGGCUCAGCGGAGCUCCGCUUACCGAUGUGUCCACCGCGAUGAUUUCCGAUAUGUAUAAGCGAACCCAUGGUACCGUUCCUAUCAUUGGGGUCGGUGGCAUUUUCACGGGAGCAGACGCUUAUGAUAAAAUUAAAGCUGGUGCUUCGUUGGUCCAAUUGUACACAUCGUUCGCGUACAGAGGACCACCGGUAAUAGGGAAAAUUAAACGAGAAUUAAACGAAAUGCUGAAACGGGAUGGUCUAGCGUCUAUCAAAGAAGCAGUCGGAAAGGACGCCGACGUCGGAUAAAUUGUUUUAAACGAUUUUGAAGUUUUAAUGGUUACCUGUUAAUUCUAUUCAUUUUAAACAACAUGUAUUUAAUACGGACGACAAUUGUUACCAUUUUUUUUUUACAGGAGUUACAGGAUUGUUAUUGUAUACGGCAUCGAUAGAUGUAUCGAUAAUAAAAAAGUCUAUACGGU